AUGAAAAACUGUGUUGUUCGCGCGCCACGUGACGUCAUCUCCCAAUUAUCGCCAAAAUCACGAAAAAUUCGCAAGUCAUCGGAGGAGCGAAAAGAGAAGGAGAAGGUGAGUAUUAUUUAUUGGAAAAAAACUUGUCGAGUGCCGUGCGAUCUCGUGGUGUAGUGGUUAUCACAUCUGUCUAACACACAGAAGGCCGGCGGUUCGAGCCCGCCCGAGAUCAGACAAUUUUUUUUGUUAAAAAAUUUUUUAUUUCCAGGUUGAAACCAAACUUCGUGCACUCAUCGGCUCAAAUGACGAAUCCUCACAACUCGAAUUAGUUUUGGCUGCCAUCGCACACAUUCGAGAACUCCAAGCACAAUUAAACGGCAAGGAAAACAGUCUCCCAGAUGGUUUGGAAGAAUAUUUCGCAUCUUGUUCAACAAGCCCAGCUUCAUCUCGAGCUUCAACACCGCCAACAACAUCGAAUUCACCCUAA